GCCGCCCUACAGCCGUUCCCAGAGCGGCUGUUUCACCGGGUUAGCCGGCUGAGGCGGUCCUGUGUGAUGUCAUUGACACUCCGGACCGACCUCCAGGUGGAGCUUUUGACCGCUUUCUUAAAUACCCGUGGUCCGAGGGCAAUUCUUUCCUCAGACUCUUACCCUCUGGACCACAGUCCUGUUGUUAUAGAGCUUCUUUUUGGCACUCUCUCUGUGCUAGUCACUUCAUUGUCACUGCGCUCAACAAUCUCUGUCAUCAUCAACAUUUUUGAGGGACUUUUUCCAAAGUUUGUAAAGGCACAACAUAAUAGGAUAAGUGACCUAUUAAAACAUGCUUGGGUAAACCUGUCCCAUUCUCCAAGUUAUUCAUCAUAUAUAAAUUAUGAUCACAUAGAGCAUCAUACCUCCAGUUUAAAAAUAACACAGUGGAAUUUCACCACUUCAAAUAUCUCCACAUUGGUCCACACUUGUACCAAAGGGUACAUGACAUGCCUGUAA